AUAUAAGAUUGCGUGAGUUCUGCCUAAAGCUGAAUUCCCAGCGCUUUGGCUUUUCUGAGUUGGGAUUGUGUAUAGGGGUCUUCGAAGAGUUCCGGAACCAGCCAGCAGCCUUUAAUUCUUGGGCGGACCACGGCCGGUUCUGAUAUCUUAGGGUGAAGAGAGGGAGGUGUCGGCCAGCCAAGAGAGAAAAUUGCGGAUCUUGGGCUCAGGAAGACGGGAGAAGGGGGUCGGGGUCCCGGGGUGGAAGAACGGUCGUCGUGGUUGCGCUUAUAGAAGUAGGAGCAGGUGGUGGAUCUUAGGAAAACGGUUCCCCGUUCUCCAAACUGUUCUGAAGACAUUUAUGUUUCUUCUCUUGAUCUGAUUUCUAGCUCUGUGCUAUACCAUGGCCUGGAAUAGUUCAAUGUUUUUAUUUUCAUUGAGCGUAAAAGUGGAGAUGUUAAUUACUCAGGAAUAUAUUGCUUGAGGCAGUUCACCUUCAGCUUUAUUACUUAAAAAUAAUACAUUAUUUAAGUGUAAUAUAGCAAAUUGUUACAGAAAAAUAAUCUGUAUUUUUAAUGCAAAACAGAGGGUUCUCGUGGCAACCUUUUACUACCUUUGCCUUAACCUUUGGCCACUGUUCUUGGCUAAGAUGAGCAGCCACCAUACCACCUUUCCUUUUGACCCUGAGCGGCGAGUCCGGAGUACGCUGAAGAAGGUCUUUGGGUUUGACUCUUUUAAGACGCCUUUACAGGAGAGUGCGACCAUGGCUGUAGUAAAAGGUAACAAGGACGUCUUUGUGUGCAUGCCCACAGGGGCAGGAAAAUCCCUAUGCUAUCAGCUCCCUGCUCUGUUGGCCAAAGGCAUCACCAUUGUAGUCUCUCCUCUCAUUGCUUUGAUUCAGGACCAAGUGGACCACUUGCUAACCCUAAAGGUCCGAGUAAGUUCCCUGAACUCGAAGCUCUCUGUACAGGAAAGGAAGGAACUGCUUGCUGACCUGGAGCGAGAAAAGCCCCAGACCAAGAUUCUGUACAUCACCCCAGAGAUGGCAGCUUCAUCCUCCUUCCAGCCCACCCUGAACUCCCUGGUGUCCCGCCACCUGCUGUCUUACUUGGUGGUGGAUGAAGCUCAUUGUGUUUCCCAAUGGGGGCAUGACUUUCGUCCUGACUACUUGCGUCUGGGUGCCCUGCGCUCCCGCCUGGGACAUGCCCCUUGUGUGGCUCUGACCGCCACAGCCACCCCACAGGUCCAAGAGGACGUGUUUGCUGCCCUGCACCUGAAGAAACCAGUUGCCAUCUUCAAGACUCCCUGCUUCCGGGCCAACCUCUUCUAUGAUGUGCAAUUCAAGGAACUGAUUUCUGAUCCCUAUGGGAACCUGAAGGACUUCUGCCUUAAGGCUCUUGGACAGGAGGCCGAUAAAGGGUUAUCUGGCUGCGGCAUUGUGUACUGCAGGACUAGAGAGGCUUGUGAACAGCUGGCCAUAGAGCUCAGCUGCAGGGGUGUGAACGCCAAGGCUUACCAUGCAGGGCUGAAGGCCUCUGAAAGAACGCUGGUGCAGAACGACUGGAUGGAGGAGAAGGUCCCUGUAAUUGUUGCAACCAUUAGUUUUGGGAUGGGAGUGGAUAAAGCCAAUGUCAGGUUUGUCGCCCAUUGGAAUAUUGCCAAGUCUAUGGCUGGGUACUACCAGGAGUCUGGCCGGGCUGGCAGGGAUGGGAAGCCUUCCUGGUGCCGUCUCUAUUACUCCAGGAAUGACCGGGACCAAGUCAGCUUCCUGAUCAGGAAGGAAGUAGCAAAACUCCAGGAAAAGAGAGGAAACAAAGCAUCUGAUAAAGCCACUAUCAUGGCCUUUGAUGCCCUGGUGACCUUCUGUGAAGAACUAGGGUGCCGCCAUGCUGCCAUUGCCAAGUACUUCGGGGAUGUGCUGCCUGCCUGCGCCAAAGGCUGCGACCACUGCCAGAACCCCACGGCCGUGCGGAGGCAGCUGGAGGCCUUGGAGCGCAGCAGCAGCUGGAGCAAGACCUGCAUCGGGCCCUCCCAGGGGAAUGGCUUUGACCCCGAGCUGUACGAGGGAGGCCGCAAGGGCUACGGGGGCUUCAGCAGGUAUGACGAAGGUUCUGGAGGCAGCGGGGAUGAAAGCAGAGAUGAAGCCCACAAGCGGGAGUGGAACCUCUUCUAUCAGAAGCAGAUGCAGCUGCGCAAGGGCAAAGACCCCAAGAUAGAAGAAUUUGUACCCCCAGAGCGCAGAAGGUGGAGUGAAAGGACCAAGGACCACCACCCCCCCACAGAUGAGAACUGUCCCCUGAAAGAGGCUUCUAGCAGGAGGAUCCCCAGGCUGACUGUGAAGGCACGGGAGCACUGCCUGCGGCUUCUGGAGGAGGCGCUGAGCAGCAACUGCCAGUCAACACAUACCACUGAUGAAGCUGACCUCCGGGCCAAGGCCGUGGAGCUGGAACAUGAGACAUUCCGGAACGCCAAGGUGGCCAACCUCUACAAGGCCAGCGUGCUGAAGAAGGUGGCCGAUAUCCACAGAGCUUCCAAGGAUGGGCAGCCCUAUGACAUGGGAGGCAGUGCCAAGAGCUGCAAUGCCCAAGCUGAGCCCCCGGAGCCCAAUGAGUAUGACAUUCCACCAGCCUCCCAUGUGUACUCGCUCAAACCCAAGCGGGUGGGAGCUGGUUUCCCCAAAGGCUCCUGCCCAUUCCAGAAGGCCACGGAACUGAUGGAGACAACUCGGAUCAGGGAGCAAGCCCCCCAGCCCGAGCGGGGAGGCGAGCACGAGCCCCCGAGCCGGCCCUGUGGCCUCCUGGAUGAGGACGGGAGUGAGCCCCUCCCUGGGCCCAGAGGGGAGGUCCCUGGAGGCAGCGCUCACUAUGGGGGGCCCUCCCCUGAGAAGAAGGCAAAAAGUUCCUCUGGGGGCAGCUCCCUUGCCAAGGGCCGGGCUAGCAAGAAACAGCAGCUCCUAGCCACAGCGGCGCACAAGGAUUCUCAGAGCAUCGCCCGCUUCUUCUGCCGAAGGGUGGAAAGCCCAGCUCUGCUGGCAUCAGCCCCAGAGGCAGAAGGUGCCUGCCCCUCCUGUGAGGGGGUUCAGGGACCCCCGAUGGCCCCAGAGAAGUACACAGGGGAGGAAGAUGGAGCCGGGGGACAUUCGCCUGCCCCUCCCCAGACUGAGGAGUGCCUCAGGGAGAGGCCAAGGCCUCCUGGGAUGAGGGAGCCACCAGGACCCAGUGCUGUGAUGCCUGCUCUUCCCUCCACCAGCACCUGCCCGCCCAGAGACCAGGGCACCCCUGAAGUCCAGCCCACCCCUGCAAAGGACACAUGGAAGGGCAAGCGGCCUCGAUCCCAGCAGGAGAACCCAGAGAGCCAGCCUCAGAAGAGGCCACGCCCCUCAGCCAAGCCCUCCGUCGUAGCUGAGGUCAAGGGCAGCGUCUCAGCCAGCGAACAGGGCACCUUGAAUCCCACGGCUCAAGACCCCUUCCAGCUCUUAGCUCCUGGCAUCUCCUUGAAGGAGGCUGCAAAUGUUGUGGUCAAGUGCCUGACCCCUUUCUACAAGGAGGGCAAGUUUGCUUCCAAGGAGUUGUUUAAAGGCUUCGCCCGCCACCUCUCACACUUGCUGACUCAGAAGACCUCUCCUGGAAGGAGCGUGAAAGAAGAGGCCCAGAACCUCAUCAGGGACUUCUUCCAUGGCCGGGCCCGGUGCGAGAGUGAAGCUGACUGGCAUGGCCUGUGUGGCCCCCAGAGAGGACCAACUGCUGGCUGGGCAGGGCCCACAUCCUCCCCCAGAUUCUAGCAUGGGUCAUCCUGGGCCUCGCCUGCUGAUGCCAGGGCCAUCGUCUUUUCUCAGUCCUUCUCCUUUCCAACCAUACUUGGCUUUGGGGAUGACCCCAGACACCCCCUGAAUCCAGGUCAGAGGUCAGCCCACCUUUCUUUCUGCUUGCAAAGCCUAUAGACCCUUCUCAGAGCGGCCCUCAUGGCUGGGUUUUCUGGGACACAUGUCAAGGACAGAAGGUGGAGGGUGGUGGAGCUGCUGCUGGAAGAAGGGGAAGGAAGAGUGGCUCCUCCUCAAGUUCUAAGUCAGGACAAGACCCACCUGUCCAAGGUAUUGGAACCUACUCGGGAACCUCAGAUCCUCCACCCACUCCCCCAUCCAUUACGAUGCCAGCUUCCAGCCUUGCCCAGGUCAGAGCUGUGGCAGAGGAGAGGCAGCCAGGCCCUGUUCCUGCUCAGCUCCUGCUCAGGAAAGCCAGGCCUGACAGAUGUUUGGGAGAGGAAUAAAGUUGUGUUGUUGUGGCGCAUGCACGCGUGCACACA